GCAAAAACCACCAAGCCAGUUGCUCAAAUCAGCCCCGGAGGAUUAGAAAUUGUCCUAUCAAAUAACAAUGCAGAGGGAGUGUAUCUCUGUGCACAUAGGCCAAGCAGGACUUCAGAUUGGCAGUGCAUGCUGGGAACUCUUCUGUUAUGAACAUGGCAUCCAGCCAGAUGGCACCUUGGCAAACAAUGCAGGACCAGGUAGCUCUGAUGACUCCUUUACCACCUUCUUCAGUGAGACGGCUAAUGACAAAUAUGUGCCCAGGGCAGUUAUGGUGGACCUGGAACCCUCUGUAGUAGAUGAAAUUCAAACUGGGACAUUUCGCAAGCUGUUCCACCAAGAGCACUUUAUUACUGGUAAAGAAGAUGCAGCCAAUAAUUAUGCCAGGGGCCAUUAUACCAUUGGCAAGCAGAUCAUUGACCUGGUGACAGAUCAUAUUCGCAAGCUGAGUGAUGGCUGCUCAAGAUUGCAAGGAUUUUUGAUUUUCCACAGUCUUGGAGGGGGUACGGGUUCAGGAUUCACAUCCCUUCUCAUGGAACAACUCUCAAUUGAAUAUAGCAGGAAAUCCAAACUGCAAUUUGCCAUAUAUCCAUCCCCACAGGUCUUCACAGCAGUGGUGGAACCAUACAACUCAAUUCUGACCACACACACCACUAUGGACCACUCUGAUUGUGUCUUUAUGAUGGAUAAUGAAGCCAUUUUUGACAUCUGUCAGAGUAACCUUGGCAUUGAUUUACCAUCUUAUGAAGACCUUAAUCGGCUCAUCAGCCAGAUCGUUUCUUCCAUUACAACUUCACUGCGAUUUAGUGGGUCCCUCAAUGUUGACUUGUCAGAAUUCCAGACCAAUCUUGUGCCAUAUCCACGCAUCCACUUUCCUCUGGUGACCUAUGCACCUAUCAUCUCAGCAGAAAAGGCAAUACUUGAGCAACUGUCCGUGGUGCAAAUCACCAGUACCUGUUUUGAGCCACAUAAUCAAAUGGUAAAAUGUGAUCCACGGCAUGGGAAAUGCAUGGCCUGCUGCAUGUUAUAUAGAGGUGAUGUUGUACCCAAGGAUGUCAAUAUGGCAAUUGCCACCAUCAAGGCAAAAAGAAGUAUACAAUUUGUGGACUGGUGCCCCACUGGAUUCAAGGUCGGCAUUAACUAUCAACCGCCUACUGUUGUUCCUGGAUGGCCCAUGGCAAAGACUCAGCAUGCUGUGUGCAUGCUUACUAACACCACAGCUAUCUCCGAGGCCUGGGCAAGGCUGAACCACAAAUUCAAUCUGAUGUAUGCUAAACGUGCCUUUGUGCACUGGUAUGUGGAAGAAGGAAUGGAGGAAGCCGAGUUUGCUGAAGCUCGUGAGGACCUGGCAUCUCUGGAGAAAGACUACAAAGAAGUGGGGAUGGAUGUUAUUGAAGAGGAGAAUGAAGAGAGUGAUUGCUGUCUAUGGUGAUUCUAAAGAGCUAAAGAAAAUAAACAUACUUCUUAGUAUAACAUA